AUGCCCAAUCCAUGCGGCGAUAGUAUCGCCGAUUGCGUGCUGAAGACAUUCGAGGCAUUGCCGGCAAAAUCCAAGCCUCGUGUACAAGAGAAUGGCCGCCGUGAGUGGGUACCUCUGGCUGGCAUUGUGCUCAGCCAUGACAGUACACAGUCUCUCACCUGCGCCUCUUUAGCGACUGGUAUGAAAUGCUUACCGCAAGACAAAAUCGCGCUUGCGAAUGGCAAUAUUCUCCACGACUCUCACGCCGAGAUACUUGCGAUACGUAGCUUCAAUCGCUUCCUUCUUGACGAGUGUGCGGAGCUCGCGAGAAAUGGCUUCGGCACUGAGCAUACUAGUGCCUGGAUAAAAUGGCGCUGCGAAGGAGAGAAACAAGCACAACAUCAACUACCUUUCGCACUCCAGGAAGAUGUCAAGAUCCAUAUGUACACUUCUCAAACUCCUUGCGGUGACGCGAGUAUGGAGCUCACAAUGUCAUCCCAAGAGGAUUCUACGCCUUGGGCUGUAAGACAGGAGGGUGAGAUGCUGGGUAGAGGUAAUUUUGACCAGCUUGGUGUUGUGAGGAGAAAGCCGGCACGACCUGAUGCGCCGCAGACAUUGAGUAAGAGCUGUUCGGAUAAGUUGGCCUUGAAGGAAUGUACAGGAUUAUUGAGCGGGGUCGUGAGCUGUCUAAUAGAUGUGAGGGGAACAUGGUUGAGUACGCUGGUCGUGCCGAACGAAGAGUGGAAGUUGGGAAAGGUAGGUAUGGAGAGGGCUUGGGGUAGGAAUGGUCGAAUGGCGCCGCUUGCCGCGAACGAGGUCCAAGAAAGAUGGCAACGGCGUGGCUAUCAAUUUCGCCCAUUCGGAAUACGAACUACAUCUCGGAUCUUCACCUUCGCCAAGCCUCUCAACUCUGACCCAAAUGUGUUACCAAGCAACCUCGCUGCUCUAUGGACCCCACUCAGGCAAGAGACGCUUAUCAAUGGUGUUCUGCAAGGUCGCAAGCAACUCGAUCCCAAAGGUGCAAGUUGCGUGAGCAGAAGGCUGCUUUGGAAGAGUGCUCUGGACGUAGCACUCAUGGUCGGCGUGAGUGUCCUGGGCAAGAGGACUUAUGCUGAAAUGAAAAGUAGUCAUGAGUUGGAGGUGAGGGAGAGCAUCAAGAAAGAUGUUGUAGAGUUAGCUUUGAAGCCUUGGGUCAAGAACGAGGGCGAUGAAGACUUCGCAUUAUGA